ACUGCACGUUGCAGCUGCACUUCAUAUCCACUGUCUGUGUCUCACUGUAGACUGCUAACGCCACUGCAGCACACUUAUUAUUUUAGAUUUUUUUUAAUAUUAAAAGGUCCUAUUUAGCUUCAUUAUGUCAGUCAUAAAGAAGGGAGAUUUAACCGACUCUGAAAAGGAUCUCCUUCUGGUUAUUGCUGCAGGAAAUGUACAGGAAGCUUCAAGGCUGCUUGGAUCAAAAGAUGUCCGAGUGAACUGCCUGGAUGAGUAUGGCAUGACUCCUCUCAUGCAUGCUGCAUAUAAGGGCAAGGCAGACAUGUGUAAGCUGCUAUUGCAACAUGGUGCAGAUGUCAACUGCAACGAGCACGAGCACGGCUACACUGCUCUCAUGUUUGCAGGACUCUCAGGGAAGACAGAUAUCACCUGGAUGAUGUUAGAUGCUGGAGCAGAGACUGAUGUGGUGAACUCGGUAGGCAGGACAGCAGCACAAAUGGCUGCUUUUGUAGGGCAGCAUGACUGUGUGACUGUUAUCAAUAACUUCUUCUCCCGGAAGAGACUUGAUUACUAUACAAAACCCCAAGGCUUAGAAAAGGAACCAAAACUACCUCUUAAACUGGCUGGACCUUUACACAAAAUCAUCAUGAGCACAAAUCUUAACCCUGUGAAGAUGGUGAUGCUGGUGAAGGAAAAUCCUCUACUCAUGGACGCAGAAGCUCUUGAGAAGUGCCGUAAAGUGAUGGAGCUGAUCAGCGAGAAGUGUGUAAAGCAGCAGGACAUGAACGAGGUGCUGGCCAUGAAGAUGCACUACAUCAGUUGUGUUCUGCAGAAAUGUUGUUCCUUCCUCAAAGACCGGGAGGAUAAACUAGACGGCCUCAUCAAGAGUCUACUAAAAGGACGAGACAGUGACUGUUUCCCAGUGUUCCAGGAAAAAUUUAUUCGAGAGUGCAUCCGGAAAUUUCCUUACUGCGAUGCGACGCUACUCCAGCAGCUUGUUAGAAGUAUUGCUCCUGUGGAAAUAGGUAAUGACCCCACAGCUUUGUCAGUGCUCACCCAAGCCAUCACAGGGCAAGUAGGCUUCAUGGAUGCUGAGUUCUGCACCACCUGUGGGGAGAAGGGUGCAGAGAAGAGGUGCUCUAUCUGCAAAAUGGUAAUUUACUGUAACCAAGACUGCCAGAAGCUGCACUGGUUCACCCACAAGAAGAUGUGCAAGAAACUCCAGGAGCAGAGGAAGAAGCAUGAGGCUGAAUCAGCCAAGCGACAAGAGAAACAGGCCAAAGAAUCCGAGGAGAAGAAAGCGCUGGAAGAGGCGAGCAGCAGCAUGGAAAAUCUUUCUGUUGAGCAGAGUGAAGUUACCAGCACGUCAGAUGUUCAAAUAGAAACCGAGAGCACCGUCCCCAUUCAGAUAACUUCAGACUGAGUCAUGUGGGUUAAACAGAGACGACGUUAGCCUGAGUCAUUUCCCAUAAUCGCUGUCAAGCCCUGCCUCAGCCAGAACACUGAUAUCCAUGUCGUCCAAAAUCUGGAGACCUUCUGAAGGUUGCUGUCAGAGGAGAGUUUUUGGAAAAUGAAAUCUGAAGGAAAACCUAGAAAAGCUUUCAACACAGGCUUCCCAUCAACACGAGACACAUUUUACUGCACUGUUUGUUCUCUUAUAGCUAGCGUUAUGUAUGUGAUCAGGAAUAUCAGAAAUAGAUUUAGUAUAGAAGAUAUAUUUAUGACCGUAGGUCUUAAGUUAAAACUCUUGUCGCUGUAAUACUGGUACAGAGGAUAAAGACGUUGAAGCAUAUGCCUUAAACCAUGUUGGCAAGUCUGCAGUGGUGACUGGGGAAAAAAAUUAUUAUACGUUCUACAGAAGACUUAAAAACACCACGUUAGGCAAGAAUAUUUUACAGGUUGAGCUGAUGCAAGCUGAUUUUUUGAGGAUCUCAUAAAUUAUUUUUUUUGGAAUGGAGUUGCAUAUUCGAAUAUUAUAGUUAAGGUGACAGGAUCUCAUAAGUAGGAGAAUUUUUUUAUUUUUAUUUAUUUUUUUUUUUUGCCGUUUGAUGUUAAAGAAAACUCCAUUUGAAGUCGGUGUCUGACAGUAAUGAUUUUGCCUGCAGUUGAACCCUGCUCCUCCAGAGGGUGCUCUUGAGCUCCUCCCAUGCUGUUCCAUUCUAUUGUAGAGAACUCUAUGAUGGAUCUCAGAUGGCCCUGAGAUCAAUGAGGUUCUCAGUUUUAUCAAAUGGGCAUCUGAAAAUGCCACACAAUACACUAUGUUUUUCAUCACUUAUUCAAAAACCCACCCUUAUUAGCAUGUGAUAUAUAUGCUGCAUCUGUACAUAAAGAAAGCGAUGUAGCAGCGCUUUAGUACUUUAUUUUGUUCAGCUCUAUUGUGCCCUCAUUUGUCAACUCUACUCAAACAGAACAUUUUCUAAUAAUUCAUUCUCACCAUUUUGUAGAUCAUUAAAUAGCCAAGAUUAGCCUCUGCUGCAACUUACCUCGAUUGAAUUCUUCAACUUUCGUUACCUCACUACAUUUCCAUUGGAUUUUUCAUUAAUAUUUUAAUAGUAUAAAUAAUUACAAUAUAGUCAUUAAUAAUGCUACUAAAAUAUAGUAAGCUCUACUGCUUCUCUAUUUAGAAGCCAACAACAAAAUCUAACUUUUAUCCCCUAUGCCUGAGAACAGUAAGAAAAAAAAAAAUCAACAAUGUUCUCUUGUGACAUCAGAGCAGUGCUAUGAACUUUUACCAGGAAUAAUAAAAAUACAGCACCAACCAACAAAUAAACACCAGUAUUUCAACUUGUAUCUCUUUUCUAUAGACUUAUUUACUUUGAGAACUUUGUUUGACCUGGAAAAAAUGAUGAAAGGGUUAUGUACAUCAGGAAAAGAUACAUAAACAUUUCCCUCUGUCACAGACAAUCAUACAGUAUAUAAAAUAAAUGUUUCAUAUCUGUAGAAUUAGAAUUUUCUCCAUGAUAUUCCUAUAUGAGGCAGACACAAUCUGUACUUUUUUACUAUAAUAAACAUUUCAACAAAAACA